CGUGAGUCGUGCGUAGACUAUUACGAAAUUUUAAACUAAGCGGAGUGUUCAGAAACAUGUCGACAACGACGCAGAGCGAAGACGAUCCGCCGUAUAUGAAAGUUUCCCCAGAACUGCUGCACGACCUACGAGGCGUCGAUCCUACGGAAAAAAUCGACAUACCCGAAAUACCAGAAAAGAGAAAAUGCACGGACGUGCGCUGGCCUAUUCCGAUAGUGCUGAUUACGUCCCUGUGGAUAACAAUGACGGUCGUCGGAGCGCUUUCCAUUGACGUUCGAAAAAUUGUGAACGGCGUCGACGAAUGUGGCAAUACAUGUGGAGUGAGCAACGUACAAGUGAAACGAGAAGGUUGCGAAGCGAAAGAUUACACGAAUUAUCCGAUAAAUAUCUACGAAAACGAAUCUAGAUGCGUCCAAGGAUGCGAGGAAUCGAAAGAGCUAAUCUUCAAUCGGUGCGUCAACGAGAAGAACGAGAAAAGUUCGGUCGUACUGUUCCUACGCCUAAUGGAUACGUUGUUCAAGAAAAAGUUCCUUUUCCUCAUUCCAGUUGCUAUCGCUAUUGUUUUUAGUUUUUUCGCAUUUGUUGGCUACUGCUUAUUCACGAAUUUUACUUACUGGUUUUCCCUCAUGGCGACCGUCGUAGUAUGGGCAAUAUGGGCGGGGCUGACUUGGAACUGGUUUUUGCAAGAAGACAACAUGAGGGUGCUCGUUGCAGCAGUCAUCCUCACAGUUCUCGUGGUCGCUUUUAUGGGUGUUUUAAUUCACGCUUUACUGUCGGACAGGUAUUCACUGAUCGUCGCACUUGCAGCCGAAGCUUCCAUGACCAUUUUCAAGUUACCGGUGCUCCUCGUUUUUCCUCUUAUGCCUCUACUGGUCGUGUUUGCCAUGCAUAGUUAUUGGGUUUACAUGUUGUUGGUGACCAUAGGUAUUCUACUCGACAGUGUUACCGGAGUUGUUACUGCAGAUGUGAAUUUCGUGCUUUUCGCAGUCUGGUUCCAUUUGGCGAUAGCGCUUUUCAUAUUACUAACGUCAAUAAUGAACGGCUUUCAGUGUAUGGUCGUUGCCGGAGCCGUCGGCUCCUCCUACUUCACUAGGGACAAAACUACGGUGAAAAUUACGGCGUUCACAAAUAGUUUAUACGUGACAUUACGGUACCACCUCGGUACCAUAGCUGUGGGGUCGCUGUUCAUACAGUCGUUGAGCGUAACAAGAAGUCUAACGCACUGUGCGAGACAGCAUUUGCACGGCAGACCUCUACUGUCUAGCUGCUACCAUUGUCUGCUGCGUUGCACCUCGUUCCUAGAGGAAACUGCUCAGUACGUCGCCAAGAGAGCGUACAUUAUGACAGCUUUUCAUGGCACGGGAAUCGUCAAGUCAGGUAAACGUGCCGCCAGACUGACAUGGUGCAUCUUACUACAGAACUUUAUGGUAGAAACGGCGGCUUGCGAUACCAUGAAUUGUACAGGAGUGGGGAUUUUUCUCGCGACGAUGCUCAUUAGCGUCAAUUUCUGUACGGACGACAUACAACACAACUUUCUUCCUGUACUGCUGGCGGCAAUUUAUGUAGCGACGGUACUCUUCUUCUACAUUUCGCUGAUGAAUAUUGCCAUGGUAACGAUCUAUUUGUGUUCUUGCGAAGACAUACUCAUGAACGACGGAAGUACCCGCCAGCCGUAUUUUAUGUCAAGACGUGUCCUGGGUAUGAUGACGACGGCGACGCACGUUGCCGCCCUAGAGGAACUGAAAAGACGUCAGCGUUCGGAGAGAUCGUGGUGUUUCAAUAGAAAUGGCAAAGACAAUAGAUGUUUAGAUCAAAUGAUGUCAUUUGAGCUCGUGCGAAGUUUCAAAAGGUGCACCUUGCGUGUCACGUUACCAAAAUUUAUCGGGAGUGUUAGAAUCAUGUCGAAUUUAACGAGAUUCGAAAAUGAACAGGAUUACAAGAAAAUUCCUCCGCAGCUGCUCUACGAGUUUAGACAAGUCGGGCCUACAGAUCCAAUUUACAUACCGGAGGUUGCGAGGAACAGGAAAUGUACCAACAUAUUUUGCCUUUUACCGGUAAUCAUAAUCCUUGUGUUAUGGAUCGUUUUUGCGAUUAUGAUAAUGUCAAAUGUAGAAACUAGAGUCGUCGUGUAUGGGGUGGAUGAUUGUGGUAAUGUGUGUGGAAUGAAUAAUGUAAAAACGAUACAUCAAGUGGAGCACUGCGUACCGAAAGAUUAUACAGACUAUCCAAUAAAUGAAAUGCACCCCGGUGGAGGUUGGUCGUGCGUUAAAACAUGCGAAAAACCGUUAGUUUUCAAUAGAUGCAUUUACGAAGGAUAUGAGGAUCGCUUUACACCCACUUUGAAAGCGUUGCACUAUUAUUAUACUAGUUGGAAAAUUUGGCUUCCGUUUGUGGCAAUUACGAUUGCUGGAUGCAUUCUUCUGUUUCUGGCCUACCGGUUUUUCACUGCUGUUACUUACUGGGUCUUCCAAAUGUUGACUUGUGCGCUACUUGUGGCAUACGCAGGGGUAUUUUGGUAUAUAACUGUGGCACGAACUAUCGCGGGCAUAUUUGUUGCAAUCGGCUUUACAAUUUGUCUGAUCGUGUAUGUAAGCAUAAUAGCUUUUAUUAUAUACACUGGCCGAUACAAACUGAUCAUCGGAAUUAUAGCCGAAGCGUCGAUUGCCGUCUUUAAAAUCCCAGCUCUCCUGGUUGUGCCUUUGAUAUCUAUGCUAAUCGUGCUUCUCAUGUACACUGCUUUGUCCUAUAUCUUUGUGGGCUACGUGUUAAAUGCCAUUACUAUCUAUUAUGGCGAAGAUUUUUAUUGGAAGACGGACUACGUGGACUUAACACUUGCAUAUCAUAACCCUGGAGUUUUUUUCUGCUAUGUAUUUUUUGCAUCACUCGGUUUUUAUCUGGUGCACGCAUUCAUCAACGGAUUGCAGUGCAUGGUCGUUGCCGGUUCUGUUGCCACAUACUACUUCACAAAGGAUAAACUUACCGUCAGCAACACCGCUUUGGUAAACAGUUUCUAUGUAACGGUACGAUACCACCUUGGUACCGUGGCCGCUGGGUCGAUAGUAAUAACUACACUAAGCGCGACGAGAGGAUUGACACACUUAGCAAGAUACAGCAUUGCCGAUGAUUCUGUUUUGUUAAUCGCCUGUUACUACUGUUUACUUUGUUGCAUCUGUCUUCUCGAAGAAAUAGCUCAAUAUUUUGCCAAGAGAGCGUACAUGAUGACAGCGAUGCAUGGCAAAGGACUAUUAGAUUCAGGUAUACGCGCUGCCCGGCUUCUAUGGCACUUCUUGCUGGACACUGUAAUGGUGGAUGCUAUGGCUAUCUCUGCAUUGAAUACUGCAGGAGUUUGGCUGUAUAUGACAAUAUUAGCUUUCAUACCUUUGUUUUAUGUACCAGAUGAGCUGGAGUCUUUACUCCCUAUGGUUUUCGCGAUGGUCCUUAUUGGGACCACUACGUUCUUCUACAUUUCUAUAUUGAACGUUGCUGUUUCAACAUUGUUUCUAUGCAUUUGCGAAGAUAAAGUAAUGAACAACGGCAGCACUAGCCUUCCGUACUUCAUGUCGAAGAGUUUAGCAGCAGUCAUGAUCGAGACCGAAGAAAUGGUCAAAACCAAGCAAGAGAAAAGACGACAUCGAUUUUCAGAAAACUGAUUGAUCAUGAGUGAAUCGUCAACAAAAUUAUUUGAUUAUUAUUGAUCAAAUUAUUGUGUACAAACUGGUGGUGAAUAAAAAUUGUUCUUUGUUUUAA